AUGGACCUGCGUCGCGCAGCAUUUGAAUACGAUUCAACAAUUAUCUACAAAGACCUUCGCUGCGUUGAUAUCGGUUCAUUGUCGGUGAUAUGCCUGCAUUGUAAUGCAUUGAAAUUCCAAUGCGAAACCCCCGGCUUAUGCUGCGCUGGCGGCAAGGUGAUAUUGCCUCCAUUGGCUCAUCCUCCUGAGCCAUUGUAUUCCUUGCUCUAUGGCAAUACAAUGCAGGCAAAACACUUCCUGUCUAAUACACAAAAAUAUAAUGGAUGUUUUCAAAUGACGUCAUUUGGAGCCGAAGUUGUCGAUCAACCCGGCUACAAUCCAAGUUAUAAGAUACAAGGGCAAAUUCACCAUAGAGCGGGUGCUUUGUUACCGCCACCAAACCAAGAUCAUAGGUUUCUUCAAAUAUAUUUCGUUGGUGAGUCUUCAAUUGAAUUAGAUCAACGUUGUGCAAUUUUCACUGCGACUAAGCGUGAAAUAAUCCAGCAAUUGCAAAACUGUCUGCAUGAGCAUAAUGACUUGGUCAGGUUGUUCAAAACUGCAUUGGAUACAAUGCAUACUGACGACCACAAAAUCAUUAUUAGAGCAGACAAAAGACCCGCUGGAGGCCAUGCAAGACAGUAUAAUGCUCCCACUAUCAAUGAAGUCGCAGUGGUGAUUGUUGGCGAGAAUGUGGAAUCACGCGAUAUUGUUCUCAAGCGUCGGGAUGGUGGACAAUUGCAGCGCGUGUACGAGACUCAUCGCUCAUAUGAUGCACUUCAAUACCCAUUGAUGUUCUGCCGUGGAGAAGACGGAUAUCACUUGAACAUCAAAAUGGUUGAUCCAACGACAGGAGAAGAAACGAAUAAGAAGGUCAGCUCAAUGAAUUUUUAUGCAUAUAGAUUGAUGAUUCGGCAAGAUUUCGACAAUCAUUUAUUAAGAUAUCGUCGUUUGUUUCAACAGUAUUGCGUCGAUAUGUACGUUAAAGUCGAAACAGAGCGCCUAAAUUUCAUACGUUUCAAUCAGUCCAAGCUACGAUCAGAACAGUAUAUACACUUGCGUGACGCAAUUGCUACAGAAGGAAAUGCGUCCAACAUCGGUUGUUUAACCAUUCUCCCAGCUACUUAUGUUGGAAGCCCACGUCACAUGCAUGAGUAUGCUCAAGAUGCGAUGACAUACGUACGAAACUACGGGCGCCCGGAUUUAUUUAUCACGUACACUUGCAAUCCGAAAUGGAAUGAAAUUUCAAAUCUUUUGCAAGCAGGACAAACUCCCAGCGAUCGACAUGACAUUACUGCACGAGUAUUCAAACAAAAGAUCAGAGUACUCAUGGAUUACAUUGUUAAGCAGAAGGUUUUUGGAGAAAUUCGAUGUUGGAUGUACUCGGUUGAAUGGCAGAAGCGUGGUUUACCACAUGCACAUAUUUUACUUUGGUUCUCUGAAAAAAUCAGACCAGAUCAAAUUGAUUCGAUAAUUUCUGCCGAAAUACCAGAUCCUGAAACUGAUCCGGAGCUAUAUGCCGUUGUGACAACGAACAUGAUUCAUGGUCCCUGCGGAGUUCACAACCCUGAUUCACCGUGCAUGGAAAACGGAAAGUGCAGUGAAGGGAAACGAUGUCGUUGUAGAUAA